AUGGGCGUCCAACUGUUGGGUGUUGUGCUGAUCUUCUUGUCUGUUGGGCUGACUCUGCAGACAGGAAAGCACUGCAACUGUGUCAAACGUCACCCUCAAGAUGAAUACUCCUCUUCUAAAAUAGUGAUUUUAGCUGACGUAACUGGAAAGAGGCUUCCUGUUAAGAAUCAGCACAACUUGGUUCGGUAUAAAAUCAAAAUAAUCAAGGUGUUGAAGGGUUCUAUCAACGCACACAAAACUCAAUACGUCUUCACAGAUUCAUCAUCUUGUGGCAUCAAACUGGCUCAUGGGCGAUACGUGCUUUCAGCCAUCCAGUUAAAUUAUGGGAUCAAGACGAUGAAGUGUGACAUUGUCAAGCAAUGGGAACAUCUCUCCUUAACAGAAAGAGAAAACUACUCACAAACGUAUAAGCUGGGCGGUAACUGCACGAUCUCUACGUGUUCUGACAGUCCAUGUUGUCCCCAAUCUGAGAAUGAAUGUAAGUGGGAUGCCAAUUCUCCUGACGCUCUGGAAUACGUCUGUCUGAGGGACAGUGACAACUACUGUAGCUGGUACUGGCCAGCUUCAAGAGUUGAAGAAGAUGAAGCGUGCCUGGAAUAA